AUGCGUUUCUCCGUCCUCCUUGCCGCCACCGCGGCCACCAUCGUCGCCGCCCAGGCUGACCUCGGAAACGUCCAGAACUGCAAAAACCCCCAAGGCCUCCUUGACUGCGCUAAGCCCUACUUUGUGGACGUCAACAACUGUGGCUCCAACAUCCCCUGUCUCUGCAAGGCCGCCACCGGCGGACAACAAUGCUUCACCAAGUACUGCCCGGAGGUCACAUUCCCCUACUCAGCCGAGCUCCAGAGCGAGUGCGGCAGCAGUGGCAGCGGCAGCGGCAGCGGAACUGGUAGCGGAACUGGCAGCGGUAGCGGCAGUGGCACCAGCUCUGGCAGCAGCACCGGCUCGACCAACGCGCCCACGAACUCCAACUCCAACAACGCUCCCAAGUCCGGCGGUGGUGUUCCGGGUGCCGGAGCCUCCAUCUUCGCCCCCGCUGGCAGCCUCCUCGCUGCGAUCGUCGCUGUUGCGGCUAUGUUGUAA